AACCCUAAUUUCUUGUGGAAACAAUGGCGACGAUCUCUGAUCUUUCGUGUGAUCUGGUAGAAGAAAUACUCAUAAGGGUUCCGAUUACUUGUCUAAGAGCAGUGAGAUCGACUUGCAAAAGAUGGAACGCUUUAUCCAAAUCUCGGCUUUUAUAUAAAGAGAAAGCAGAUGAGCAGUUUCUAGGGUUCAUGAUAAAGAAUUCUAAGCUGUGUUCAUUGAGAUUCGAUGUCCAUGAAGAAUUCACUGUCAAGGAUGUACUUGGUUUAUCUAAUAAUGAAGUUGAGAUAUCCAAAGUUCUUGUCUGCGACGGCUUGUUGUUAUGCGUCACUGUUGGCUACUCAUACGAGUACCGCCUCAUGCUCUGGAACCCGUAUUUGGGACAAACAAGGUGGAUCCAACCAAGAAUAAGAAGAGAACCUUACAGCAGAUCAGACUUAUAUGCUCUCGGGUACGACAAGAGCCCCAACCGUAACCACAAAAUCUUGAGGUGUUGUUAUCGUUCCAAGGAAUGCGAAAUCUACGAUAUUAAGUCCGAUUCGUGGAGGACUCUUGGUGAUGUCGUCACUCUACACUGGGGCUGGGGCUGGGGCGGAGCAUACUUCUUCCAUCGUCUCAGCGCAUCGCUGAAAGGAAACACUUACUUUUUGGACCACGAUAGAGACGAUCAGAUGUACACUACUUUCCUUGUCUGCUUCGAUUUUACAACGGAGAGAUUUGGAGAGCUGCUUCCUCUGCCCUGGUCUAAAAGGCCUCUUAAUUCUAUGGUUACUCCUAUCUCUUGUUUUCGAGAAGAGAAACUCGCGGUUUUAAGUAUGGCCAAGUAUAUGCCUGGGGUGGGGAUUUGGGUUACAACUAAAAUUGAGCCCAAUGAGCUGUUGUGGAGCAAAUUUUUUGAUAUUAAUUUGGAAGCUAUCCCAUGUUCUGAUUGUUUUGGAGCUCGCAGUUUCUUCAUUGAUGAAGAGAAGAAACGGGUUGUGGUUUUUUCUUAUGCCAGUGUUACCAAUACCAAGUCCAAGAAGGUAUACUACAACGCAGCUAACAUCAUUGGAGAGAAUGACUUCUUUAAAACAGUGGAUCUUGGAGGAAAUAACAACACUAGCCAUUAUUCUUUCUAUCCAGUUGUGUGCUCCAACUCUUAUGUUCCAAGUUUAGUGCAAAUCAAACAAAAGAAUGAGAGAGAAGAAGAAGAAGAGGAAGCAGCUCUAGUCCUCCUAGCUAUUUAAAAGAAAAAAAACAAUAAAUGGAAUUUAGCUUGUUCCUUUUACAAUGAUAAUAAGUUAUUUGUUUCUUGCAUCACCUCCUUUUUUUUUCUUGUUUUAGUUUCUGCUACUGUUAACAUGGGCUAGUCAUUCUGAAACUUGAUUGAAGAUGGUUUCAUUGUUGUGAGGGUGCUUGAGUCUAAUCUGGUGUUUAGGUUUUGGAUGACUUCUGUAAUUCUAUUAAGGAGAAACUCUGAAACUUUUACAUUGUUUUAAACUAAUUUUCUAUUUUUUAAGUGUUGUCUUUUGAGAUUGAAGUUGG